CUAUUUUUCUUUUGAUUUUUAUUGUUUAUCCUUCCAAACUACAAACUAUAUGAUGAGGAUCCCGUGCCCUUCAAAUGCGUUUCUGCGGGCCUCCGCUAUACAAAUUGAUUCCAGUCUUACCCCGUUCUUGUAUCAAACGGCGACGAUCCAGCAAUGGAUCGCGCCGUACGCCCAAGUACGUCCUCGACGCGAACAGCGACAUGCAUCUACGGCGCAGGCGCGAACUUUACCUGGAAAGCCUAUCGAAUUAGUCUCCGACCCUGCCGUCGACGCUCCGGAUGGGAGCGUGCGAUCCACAAUCUCCAGCUCUGAGAAACGCGUUUUCGCAAAGCUGCUGGAUCCGUCGUACGAUCCAAGGGCGGACAUCAAAGCACGCGCAAAAUCACCAUCGAAGAUUGGGAAGACCAGGUCUAAAGAAGUUUCGAUCAAUGCGGAUCAACUGCGAAUCAACGAUGCGUAUCUUCAGGCGCAACACCAGCAGCUGCUGGCCGCGAAGAGGAAAGCAUCUGCCGCGCAUCAGGAGCAGGUGAGCCAGCUCCAGGCGGCCCAAGACCUGCCGUACACGGAAGAGACGGAAACGAUGCGGCAGCAGAGGGAGCAGAUGUUUGCAACAGCAAAGCUGCAGUUCUCUCGCGCCAGGACGGACAAGGAACUGCUGCAACUACUCGACAAGUGGGCAUUCGACGUGUUCAGAAAGUACUUUUCGCUCGGGCAAGCCGGGCACCAGGAUGCGAAGAAAGGCGCGGAGCCGGAGCAGAAGGAAUGGACGCUUCAGUUGCAGGCCAACUUCCUGACGCAAAACUACCCGCUGCUGCUCGUCGCGUUCCUGGACGAGCUGCGCGACAACUUCCCCUCCUCGCAGCUGGCCUUCUCGAUUCUGCCCAUGGUCAAGUCUCUCGGUCUGCAGUCGUACGCGCUCGGCGCGAGCACGCAGCUGUACAACGGCAUCAUUCUCGACACGUGGCGGAUCUUCUCCGACUUUCACCGCAUCAACGAGCUGCUUAUCGAGAUGGAGAACGCCGGUCUCGAGUUCGACUACGACACGCUCGAAGUGCUGGCGAAGAUCAGGAGACAGGGCGACCGCAUCCUCAAGGGCGACCGUGGCGAGCUGCUCAAGAGGGUGUGGCAGUUGGACAGUAUGAUGAGCGGAUGGACGACGGUCGUGGGCUGGAUCCCCAAGGUCAAGGACAGUCUGGAGAGAGAAGAACUGAGGCGGGCAAAUGAGAGUGCGGAGUCGGAAAUUGAGGAUUCUGUUAGCGGGGAGGAAUGGAACGAGGAGUUUGGAGAUGUGGACCAUCAGGAUGAUCGGAAACGAGCGACCACUUCACUUGGGUAGUUCCUUCUGUGCUUCUUGCAGGUGAACGUAUAGUUUUCCUUUUUAUUCGACUCCACUCAGAUAAAGCAAAGCUAGUUCGCUGCAAAUCGUCACUCCUCGUGUGAGAAGAGUGAUCGUGUAUAUACAUGGCCUUUAGAGUAUUUUCUUGGCGAAUUCAGGGAGAUGGGGCUCUUUUCUGAGCCACAGAUUUA